AUGGAAGGACUUGCGCAACUACUAUCAAUAUCACGAACAGCAUUUAACAUCUACUGGGACAAUAAGAGGAUACGAGAUCGUUUUGACAUUGUUCUGAUACAACAGGCAAAGACAGACCUGUUGGCAGUGAUACCUGGACUGGUGAUAUACUUUAUCCCAAUUCAACAGCUCAAAGUAUCUGUUAUUCGUCGCUUCCCUUCUCUCUAUCCGUUCGUAUUUGUCACGCCCACAUUAUACAGCCUGGUAUUGAAAGAUGCAACGGCAUGGAGAACGAAUGAAGCUAUGAAUGUGCUCAAGCUGUUGAGUGAUGUUUCAACACGAUCAGUAGAAUCGCAUGAUACAGAUUUGAGGUUGCAGAGACUGAAUGCCUUGAUAGCACGAGCUAAACAGCAAUACGAGAAUCCAACCAUUGUAAUUCCAUACACACAACUACAACCAUUAUUCGACCACUUCCGAUCCCAUCUUUCUCCCCUCAACAUGUCUCACUCAGAGUUGACUGUCUUAACUCGAUAUUUAAAUUUCACCACUCGUCGAAGUAUACCGUCCGCAUCACUAGACCAAAGUAUUAGAAUGUUUGUGCCUCUGCCUCCUCUAGAGAAGCUGACUCAAUGGGCUGAUUGGAUUGUGAAAGAUGAUCAGUUGAUUCGACACGUGGGGGUGAAGAGCUUGAACGACUAUGAAGUCACAAUGGCAUUAUACGAACGUGGAUACAUUCACUUGAAACAAUCAAUACCGGAUUUGAGAAACACACUCACUGCAUGGCUGAAAUUCUCUGAUGUGGCUCUUCAGUAUUUGAUUAAACGAAGAGUUAGUGAAAGUGGACUGGCUGUUUCAAGGGAUAAUGCUAUUGCUCCUGAAGAUUUAGCUGUUAUGGCAUCUAUAAUGAUUGCAGGUCAAGCCAUAGUCACUAGUAACGCCUAUAGUAUCGCUCAUGCUACACUUUCGUAG